AUGCCGCGUCUCUAUGUCGGCAGAUUGAGUUAUCAUGUUCGUGAGAAAGACAUCCAAAGGUUUUUCAGUGGUUACGGGAAGCUACUGGAGGUUGAUCUGAAGAAUGGGUACGGCUUCGUGGAGUUCGAGGACACGCGUGACGCCGACGAUGCAGUUUAUGAGCUGAACGGGAAAGAGCUUUGCGGUGAACGAGUCGUCAUUGAGCACGCUCGUGGCCUGCGGAGGGAACGUGAUGUAUACCGUACUGGCGGAGGUGGACGCAGUAGUGGUUACAGCAGCCGAAGCCGCACUGGCUGGGACAAGUACGGGCCACCUGUACGCACAGAGUACCGCCUUAUUGUGGAGAACCUCUCUAGUCGCUGCAGCUGGCAGGACCUAAAGGACUUCAUGCGCCAGGCUGGUGAGGUGACCUAUGCCGACGCCCAUAAGGAGCGGACCAACGAGGGGGUGAUUGAGUUCCGAUCCCGCUCGGACAUGAGGAGGGCCCUGGACAAGCUGGACGGCACUGACAUCAAUGGGAGGAAGAUCCGCCUGGUGAAGGACAAGCCUCGCCGCCGACGCUCCUACUCUGGCAGCUGCUCUAGGUCUCGCAGCAGACGUCGCUCUUGCAGCAGAAGUUCUGGAAGCCACUCCAGGUCACGCUCACGAUCUGACCACAAAUCCUGUUCUAGAUCUGGGAAGAAGUCCCGCUCUAAGUCCCCGACCCGCUCCAAGUCUCGCAAGUCCCGUUCCAAGUCCCGUUCUCGCUCCGGCGCUCACAAGUCUCGCAGCUGCUCGACGAGCCACAAAUCUCGCUCUCAGUCCCACACACGCAAGUCUCGCUCUAAAUCCCAGAAUCGUUCCCCACCCUCCACAGAGAAUGGAAACGGACAGCGGUCCAAGUCUGCCUCCAAGUCUCCCUGCCCACAAGAAGACCUUCACCAAUCCAAGUCCCCAGCCAAGCGCUCAGCCUCUGGAUCCCCCUCACGCUCUAAAUCCCGCUCCUGUUCCCGAUCCAGGUCGACUUCCCAAGAUUAA